UCUCUCUCUCUGUUAUUUGUUUGUUUUUUAUGUUGAGAAGUACUAAUCCUAAUUUUUGUGACUCUUUGCAGGUCUUUGAGGAACUAAUAUGUCUGGCGAAGAUCACAUGUCCAGUACUAUUGACAAGCCUUCUUUUGUACUCAAGAUCCAUCAUCUCCAUGCUUUUUUUAGGUCAUCUAGGAAACGUUCAGUUGGCCGGGGGUUCACUGUCCAUUGGAUUCGCAAACAUCACUGGCUACUCCGUGAUCAAAGGACUAGGGAUGGGGAUGGAACCCAUCUGUUGCCAAGCAUUUGGAGCAAAGAGGUGGUCUGUUCUCAGCCAAACCUUCCAAAAGACUCUAUGUCUCCUCUUGUUUGUCACCAUUCCUAUUUCAUUUCUUUGGCUAAAUGUGGAACACAUCCUGCUUUGGGUGGGUCAAGACCCGACUGUUACAUCGAUGGCUAAGGUUUACCUCAUUUACUCCCUCCCUGACUUGUUCGCGCAAGCUCUCCUCCAACCUUUGAAGAUCUUCAUAAGGACCCAAGGAUUAGCCAUGCCCCUAACCUGGGCUGCAAUAUUCGCAUCGGUUCUUCACUUUCCCAUCAAUUAUUUUCUUGUGAUUAAAUUGAAUUUGGGGGUGAAGGGUGUUGCCCUGGCCUCAGCUCUUCACUCCUGGAACUUGAAUCUUGGAUUAUUGGUGUAUCUGCUUCUUUCUCAACAAGCAUUAAAGCCUUGGAGUGGAGCAUCAGUGAGUUCAUGGUUUCAGGGUUGGUGGCGUUUACUGGUUCUAAUGUUGCCUAGUGCAUUGUCGGUAUGCCUAGAAUGGUGGUGGUACGAGCUCAUGCAGCUUCUGUGUGGGGUAUUAAUCAAUCCACAGGCCAGUAUUGCAGCAAUGGGAAUACUUAUCCAGACCACAGGUUUAAUCUAUGUAUUUCCUCAUUCAUUAAGUAUGGGUCUGUCAACUCGUGUGGGCCAUGAGUUGGGGGCUAACCGGCCUGCGAGAGCUCGAUUGGCAGCGAUAGUUGGGCUUUCUGUAGCAGCAGCAUGUGGGCUCUUAGCUGUGGCCUUUACAACUGCUGUGAGGAAUGUGUGGGGAAAGAUGUUCACAGGAGAGGAACAGAUUCUUGCUUUGACAUCCGUUGCACUUCCUAUUUUAGGACUUUGUGAGCUUGGCAAUGCUCCCCAGACAGCUGCCUGUGGAGUCUUGAUAGGGUCUGCACGGCCUAAGGUUGGAGCAAAUAUAAAUUUUGGUUCCUUUUACCUCAUCGGGUUGCCCGUAGCAGUUCUCCUCAGUGUAGUUCUUAAGAAAGGAUUUGUGGGGCUGUGGCUUGGGCUUGGGGUAGCAGAAGUUUCAUGCUUGGCUAUGAUGUUGAUUACUUUGGUCAGAACUGAUUGGGAGGACCAAGCAAAUAGAGCACAGGAGCUGACUAGGGUUAGAGAGGAACGUUCAGAUGAUUUGGAAGCCAGUUUGCUUCACUGAUAUCUGAAAAUACCAUUGAGUUUCAACUAAUCUCCUUCUCAUCAUGAUAUAAGAUGGUCUUACUGUUCAAAGUGCAGCAAUAUAAUGUUUUUAGUGUUAACUCAAAUACAUAAA